AUGUUCACAGGAACUAUUUCAGUAAUAUAUGGUCCAAUGUUUUCUGGUAAAACAAGUGAAUUGAUGAGAUUAGUUAAAAGAUUUACAAUAUCUGAAAGAAAAUGUGCAGUUCUUAAUUAUGCUAAUGAUAACAGAUACUCAGAUGAUCAGUGCAUUUCUAGUCAUGACAAAUAAUAUUUGAAAGCCAUAAAAGUGACCAAAUUAUUUGAUGCUUUUGAGAAAUGCAAAGACUACGAUGUUGUAGCCAUUGAUGAAGGACAAUUCUUUUGCGAUAUUGUUGAGUUUAGUGAAGCAAUGGCGAAUUUGGGGAAAAUAGUAAUCGUUGCUGCUCUUGAUGGUACCUUUGAUAGAAAGCCUUUUCGGAACAUCUUGAGUUUGAUUCCAUUGGCGGAACGCAUCACUAAGUUAACAGCUGUUUGUUGGUUUUGUAAGAAGGAGAAUGCUUCAUUUACCAAAAGAACAGUUUAAUCUUAAGAAAUUGAAUUAAUCGGAGGAGAGGACUGCUAUAAGCCUGCUUGUAGGGCAUGUUUUAAUUUGACAGAGGAUAAAUUUGAAAAGCAUACUCUUUCUUAAAUCCCAGUUUAUUCAAACGAUGAAAGACUAUUUGGUUAACAAAAUUUGAUUUGCUGA